AUGCCUAGAGGAAGACCCAAGUCACACGUCCCGCCAUGUCGGUUCUGCGGCAAGGACUUUAGACGACUGGAACAUUUGCAGCGGCAUGAACGGACUCACACCCAGGAAAAGCCGUUUGCAUGCCAUUGUGGCCGUUCAUUCUCGAGGCAGGACCUCUUUAGUCGCCAUGUCCGACUGUCACGGUGUGACCCCAGGGUCGAAACUCCCUCGAGAGAUACCUCCAGUCAGCUCUACCCAGGGAGCUCAGCUCUGCAAACCACCAGACUGGUAAAUCAAGGCAUCCCAGCACCGGUUUUGCCCUCGCCUGCAUCCCACCUAUCAGACUUUGUUACUCCUGGAACCUUUGACGGGCCACCAGAUCCACUGCCCAUGGAACAAUACCCUGCGAACCUGUCAGGAGUGCUAGGCCCAGACCUCCUAUGUGACAACUUUGCGUUUUCCUUUCCCGACUUUAUCCCCUCUCAGUUCCUGGACACGGACAUCUCCUUGUCGCAUCUCCUAGACCAGUUUCCUUCACAAAGGCAACCAGAACCGGCUCUAUGGCAGCCCCCAGUACCCGCCGGACAGCGCGCUCCUCCUGAUGACGAGAACCAAACACAACGUCGGAUACCAUCCAUGGACGAUCAACUCCACAAGACCGGCCUCGAGGCACAACUCGAUACCGCCGGGUGCGCAUGGGCCGUGUCCGCUCAAGCCUACAAGAGAAUCAUGGAAAAGAUUGCCGAAAAGAAGUCGGCCUUGGUAGACUUCUCACUGCCGUCUCGCUGCGCCCUCGUCCGAUACCUGGAAGGCUACUUUCGGGGCUUCCAUGACCAUCUGCCGUUCAUCCAUGUUCCGACCUUCCGCCCCGAGGCCAUUGAACUCGAACUUCUCCUGUCGCUGGCGGCAGUCGGCGCGUUCCAGCGCUUCGAGCAUUACAAGGGACACCAAAUCUACAUGGCCGCGCGGUCACUGAUGGACCACAACGCCCGCGAUCGCCGUCAAACCCUCGUCAGCCAACUAACGCGCCGAUCACCCCCGUCCGUAAAAUCUACUUCUAACUCCCACGAACCUGACACCCCUACAACACCUGCCGCUGACCCCGGAGACACCGUCCAGCUGCAACGCACCCAAGCUCUGAUCGUCCUCAUGGCCAUGAGCGCCUGGGGCGAAGAAAUCCUCGUGCAAGACAGCCUAGCAAUGAGCAGCCAGCUAGCAUCACUCGUCCGCAGCCUAGGACUCCAACAACCCGACCAUUGCGACCGUGCCAACCUAACCUGGCUAGAAUGGGUGGCACACCAACAACGCCGACGCACCCUCCUAGUAGCCUACAUCCUAUUCAACCUCCACUGCAUCUACUUUAACGUCCCACCCCAAAUCCUCACCAGCGAAGUCGCCCUCUGCCUCCCCUCCUGCGAAGCCGAAUGGAAAGCAUCCUCCGCCACCGCGUGGAACCGUCACUGCUCCGUAUCCAACCUCCAAGAACGCCCCUUCACCACAACCUUAACCCAACUCCUCAACGGCCAAGACAUCACCACCGACGGCCUCAUCGCGCCUUUCUCCAACUACCUCCUGAUUCACGGCCUCAUCCAACGGAUCUACUUCGACCGUCAAUCCGGUUCCCUAUCCCACCCCACCAUCCUCGAAACCAUCGAAACGGCCCUCAAAUGCUGGCAAUGCUCCUGGGAAGCGACCUGGGAAUCCACCCUAGACCCAUACUCCCCUAAAGGCCCAUUAGGCUUACAUUCGCCUAAACUGCCACUCGGGACUCUGCCACGAACUCCUCUCCAGCAACCCCACCCGAAUCGCCUCCCUCAUCCGUGCCCCCACCCCACCUCCACCCCCCAGCAGCAGCACCACCAGCUAACCCGCUCCCCCUCCCUCGACCGCGCCAUCCUCCAAUGCAUCCACGCCCUCAGCAUCCCCGUCCGUGUCGGAAUCCCAUACGUCGCCCGCACCCAAACCCUGCACUGGAGCGUACAACACUCGAUCUGCCACAUCGAAUGCGCAUUCCUCCUGAUGCGAUGGAUGCAAACCCUCUCGACAGCAGUCUCCCAAUCCCACCAAGGAAUGAACUGUCUCCGUCCCGACGAACAAAAACUCCUCACUAUGGCGCGGUAUCUCGUUCAGGAGACACAUCUUCAGGAGGAAUUAGAGGAGGGGAUUAGAAUCAACGAAGGGGAGAGUAUUAUUCGCUUGAUGAAGACGACGGCGCGGCUGUGGGCGGAGAUAUCUAGUGGGAUUCAUGUAUUCGAUAUAGUAAGGAGAAUUGGGGAGACGUUGGGGGUUAUUGCGGAUGUUUUGGAGGAUAUCCCUACUACUGGAUUAUAA